UUCCCAUUCGACGAUAAACAAUGCGACCUGGCCGUAAGGCGCUCAUCAAAGUGAAUGGAUUCGAGUCGUUUGCCUACUUGCUGUAAUUACUACAAGACUGGAGUUACCCAGCAACGUUAAAGACACGCACACUAUGAUGAAGCAUUAUUCUACUUCGGAAGGAGAAAACGCAAAUCUGCCGCUGUAGCAGCGAUUUUUACCACUAGAAAGCCGUCCGCUUUGAUAGCUAACGACAGCUAGCUAAGUUAGCUGUUACAGACCCUCGUUUUUUUCCACGCAACUGAUUUCAUCACAACAUAGACGUACUGGGCAUCAUUUCUUUGCUAGUGUGGCGUCAUUACUGUUACUCCCACGUUCGCUCCUGCUAUCCUAGCGUUGUGCUCCGUGGACUGUUCCUGAAUAUGAUAUAUAAUGAGUCAAAGAGAUACCUUAGUUCAUCUGUUUGCUGGAGGAUGUGGGGGCACAGUAGGAGCCAUCUUCACUUGUCCACUGGAAGUAGUGAAGACCCGUCUGCAGUCAUCCUCCAUCACCCUCUAUGUGUCUGAGGUUCAGCUCAGUACUGUUAACGGGGUCAGUGUGGCCCGCAUGUCACCGCCAGGUCCUCUGCACUGUCUCAAAUUGAUAUUGGAGAAGGAAGGACCUCGUUCUCUCUUCAGGGGCUUGGGGCCAACCUUGGUGGGUGUGGCACCUUCCAGAGCAAUCUACUUUGCUGCUUACUCCACUGCCAAAGAGAAACUGAACGGUGUGUUGGAACCCGACUCCACACAGGUACACAUGGUGUCAGCCGGAAUGGCAGGUUUUACAGCUAUCACAGCAACCAACCCAAUAUGGCUCAUAAAGACCCGUCUACAACUGGAUGCUAGGAAUCGUGGUGAGCACAGAAUGAGUGCGUUUGAGUGUGUGCGGCGUGUGUAUCGGACAGACGGCCUGCGAGGCUUCUACAGGGGAAUGACAGCAUCCUAUGCUGGCAUCUCAGAGACUGUGAUCCACUUUGUUAUUUAUGAAAACAUCAAACGGCGCCUGUUGGAGGCCAAGGCACCACAGAACAUGGACGAGGAGGAGGAGGAGGAGGAGUCAUCCAAAGAUGCUUCAGACUUUGCGGGGAUGAUGCUUGCUGCUGCCACCUCUAAGACCUGUGCCGCAAGUAUUGCUUAUCCUCAUGAAGUGAUCCGCACCAGGCUACGAGAGGAAGGCACCAAGUAUCGCUCCUUCUUCCAGACUCUAACAACCAUACCCAAAGAGGAGGGCUACCGCGCCCUGUAUCGCGGCCUCACCACCCACCUAGUACGACAGAUCCCCAACACCGCCAUCAUGAUGUGCACCUAUGAGCUGGUAGUCUACUUCCUGAAUGAUUAAAGUCAUCCCCCCCCAUUUAGACACUCUAUGUAACCCUGACCCUGUUCGGAGACUGAGGGAAGAGAAUGCAAAUGAUUGCACACCUGCUUGCCAGAAGAGGAUAGAGAAGGCACAAUGUGCGUUGACUCAGUGACACAAGCGGUUGUUAAAAACAAGCUGGGAGUUUUUGUAUAAUAACCAAGGAGGAGCUUUGAAAAAAAUCCUCAUAUUGGUUUGGUUAUCUGGGUUUGACAGAGGCAAAGAAACAGUUGCAGUGUUUUUAUUUUUAUUCCAACCUUUUCACCUUUUGGUUAUAUAUAUUUUGCUUUUGUUGAAGAAAGAACCUGAGCUACAGGAUAGUCUGCCUCUUAUCAAUACUAACAAUGAUAGAGAAGAACAGUAAUUCCCAUCUACUGUAUAUUAAUUUGUGGAUAUAAGAUCCUUUCCAGCUGUGAUGGCUUUGUUGUCAUGCUGAUGGUCAGAUGUGAAAUAUUUCAUUAGUGUCAGGCAAUAUUUUCUGUUUCGCUGAAGUAACUGUCAAGGGUUCUGAUGUUGGCCAGAACAAUAAGAAAUCUUACUGAGGUAGGACAACAGAUGAAAAAGGGUGGAAGAAAAAAGUAGAGUGUGGAUACCAGAUGGGACCCAUCGGUACCCGAGGAUGUGGGCCAGGUUCAGACAGAAAUAUAGAAAAUUAUGUUUGGGUCCAGGUCGGGUUCAGACAUGUAGGUCAGACUUUUGGCUAGACAGCUGGAGCACUCAAAUGUCUGCUUCAUUUAACGAUAAUGAGAAAACACUGGACAGACUUUGUCUGGCUCGGGCCCAGGUUUGGACAUUAUAUAUUAUAAACGCCACACUCACGGGCAUGGGCCGGGUUCAGACAGAAAUCUGUGGCCCGAUCCAUGCUCUAGAGAAGAGGGAUAGGUGCCUUGUGUGAACAUGUGAUGUAGACUAAUAUGCACAGUAGUUGUAGGAGGAGGUGGAGCUCUGGUUGACCUCGCACAACAAGGGGUGUAGAGAUGUAUUUGUACACUGUGAUUUCAGGUGCCCUUAGUGACCCUUUUCCAUUGGUGAACAUAGAUACACUCAGGUCUUCAGUACCUUAAUACUGGUCAUGAUAUCCUCAUAAGGCAGGAAUUUACACCCAUUUACUGGUGUUUAUGCUAAAUACCAACAUAGAUGAUAAUCUGCUUGCCUGUUGCAAGGGAAGUCUGCAUAAUGACAUCGACCUACAAACCUGUAUGUGUUUGUGCUAACCAUGUCCUGAAGAGUAAUCACUAAGGUUAGACAGGAUGAAAAGUAACCAAAUGAAACCAGAGUGUGAUCCACUGUAUUAACUACUGGAAUGUAAAUGAACAGAAGGAAUUACUUUACUAUAUUAUUACAAUAUUCCUCACCUUUACUAAAGGUGAGGAAUAUUGUGAGUUAAAAUAAUGAAAUUAACACGUUUAAAAAAAAAAGUAAAAUUGAUAGAUAUUUUAAAUGCAUUAAAUAACUGCAUUGCAGCUGUUUCCCCAGUUAUGGCAAAGUGCAAAAUGUUUAUGCAGUUUCUUUAGAUGAGCGCACUUUUCAGUUUUCUCUACUUUCCUGUUCAUUUUGUUUUUAUGGAGAAUCCAGCCUUGUUUUACAGGCGAGGACAAUCCUCUUAAGCGUACUCUGGAAAAACUGUACAGUUUGGCCAGUGUGUGGAGGAAGUGGCCAGCAAUAUGCUGAUCAUAAGCGCACAUUAAUUAAAUGCAGACCAGUAUAAAAAAAUUUAAAAAAACAGUAAGUGUUUUGUUGUUUCCUUCCCAUUGUUCAGGCGUCGUCUAAAAAUGUUUUCUUUCUAAAUGCUCUGCGUGUGAUCAGGUUGGAAAAAUGUGAGUGUUUCUGUCUUUUAUGUUCUCUUGGUUCUUCUUGUCAUGGAAUGGAAAGUUGGAAGUAACUUUCCUUCUGUGAUCACAUGACACAAGAACCCAGCCUGUCGAAUACUUUGUACAGUUUUCACUACAAAAUGCAAACUUAAAAAGUGCAUUGCUUAGCCCACAACUCUAACACAGAUUACCUUCUGACUUUAACAGCUGGAGCUGAUAAGCAUUUUUUAAUCUAUGUUGAUAAAUUAUCCAAGCGCUUCACUGUUUAAUAUUUCAAAGUGCUGAUGUGUAGCAGUAAGUAUAAGGACGUUUUGAUAUAAUGCAGCUCAACAACAACUCACUUUCUCGGUGCUGUUGUAUCUGAAAUUGCAGAAGUAGCUUCAGUGUGCGCCCCCCCCCAACCCUUGGCAGAUGCUUUUUCUCCACUGAAAUGUUUGAACUAAUCCUUAAUAGGGACACUGAUUAGUUUUACAGCACACAUGAAGGAUGCAUUAGAUUAGCCUCAUUAAUGAGAACUUAUUAGAAAUGUGCAGUAUUAAUAGUUACAGGCGGUGCCAUCAACGCACACGCACACACACACACGAUGCAGUGAGUCAUGAGUCCAUGGGUGACUCCUGUUGCUGUUAGAUGUAAUUGGAUGCAUUACGUCAAUGGGUACACUCCCAUGUGUUUUAAAACAGGAUGGAAAGUGUGAGUUGACUGUACUUAACCUGACUUGAGGGUCAGUUCGCCCAAACACUAUUUUCUCUUUUAGUUGUAUUGACAUUGAGCCACUCAGUUUUGUUUUUAUUUGUCAAGGUUAUGCGUUAUCUGCGUGUUGCCUCAGUGCAAAGUGAACAGUAUUUUGUUUGUGGUGCAUACACAGUUGAGCUCAUUUCUGUGAGCACCAUAAACAAAAUUCCAACAAAUUUUUUUUUUGUACUUUGGUUUGGGGUGACCUGACAAACUGUACAUUUCUAUGUAUCUCUUUCGUUUGUAUCAGUGGCUGUUCUUUGUCAGGUGAUGCAUUCUUCCCAGUAUCCCAUGGUUAUUCUUGUUCACCAGUACAUUUGCAUUGUGUGCCAGUGAGUGUGGGUGUGUGUAUGUGUUUGCCAGUCUGUCAUUCAGUCUUGUGUGUAAUAGGGUUGCAACGGUAUGAGAUUUUCACUGUAUGAUAACCAUCUCAGAUAAUAUCACGUUGUUACGUUAUACAGGAUUACAAAGCUACUAUUACAUCACAUACAAUGACCCUCGGAAGAUUGAAAACAAAAAGGUCCUUUUCUUUUUAUUAUUGUAAGUGACUGUGACAGUUGAUUGAGCUGGAAAGCAGAGCUAGAUUGACCCUAAACAAUACACAGAAUUAUAAACAGGAUUUUAAAAAAAGUAACGUGUUGCAUAACUAAAGCAUGUUAGUUUGUGUUAGCACCAGUAGUAGAGGAUAUAUUCAUAUCCUUUACUUAAAUAACACUAUCACAUGUUAACAGUAGCUUACUCUGUAACAAGUAAAAGUCCUGCAUUAAUAAUGUUAAGUAAACGUAAGUAUCACAAAAAUGCACAUAAAUGAUUAAAAGUAGAAGUAGAAAUAUAGUAUACUAUAGCCCAAAUACUAUACUGCUACACUACUAUAGAGUACAUCAUUACAUUAUUAACCUGUCACUCGUACAAUUGAUGUAAAAGCUGGAUUUGACUGUUGUAGUUCGUUGAGGUGCAAUUAUUGAUUGUUUCAUUAGGAAUUAAACAUCUGAUUAUUUUCACCAUUGAUCGAUUGACUGGUCUCUUAAACCUCUGAUAAUAGUGAGAAAUGUCAUCACAGUCCUCUAAACGCUGAUCAAAAUAGUAGAUAAUUUAUUGUCGGUGCUUAACAGCCAGACUGUGACUGCCUUCACACACACACACACACACACACACUCACACACACACUCAGUCACUUAAUGUGAACCAGGAAAGUGUGUUUGUGGGGUCAGGUUCAGAUCAAUGCAAGUCCUUUUCAUAAGUCAGAGAUUACCAAAUGAACAAACAAAGUGGAAAAUUAUUUCGAUAGUGCAUUUUAUGACCUACGUUUAUUGUUUGGGAUUAAAGUUACAAAUGGGACACACACUUUGAUCUGCAUGGAGGGAUGGCGUCCUUGAAGAUGUUUGUUUCUAGGAUAUCCAAAGUAGGUUUAGGCUUAUCCUACGCUUCUGAUUUAAAAAAAAUUUUCUCUUGGAUACCGGUAAUAAGGAAUUGUGCAUGGUAUAAUAAUUGUCAAUUUUCAUACUAUGGUAUACUGUGAAACUGGAAUACCGCUGCAACCCUAGUGUGUAAGAAACCAUAGGACCAUAGAACUAUGUAUGCACUUAGAAGUAUAGCUGCAAACAGUGUCAUUUCCUUUUCCUGAUGCCCUUUUGUUGUCAUUUUUUUUCCGCACAUUGUCACUGAUGAGCUGACUGUGAGUGUAGCUCGGUCUAUGCAUUCUGUCAUACCUGUUUUUGUAAAACAAAAAGUAAAUAAAAAUGCAAGUACA